AUGGCUUACAAUGAGCUUAUUUGUUAUCUUGCAAUCAUUGGCAAGGACCUGAAAAUUGAAAAUUUUCUACUGGAUGAAAAUGACAACAUUAAAAUUGUUGAUUUUGGGCUAAGCAACACAAUGAAGUCUCAUGGCCUUUCCCCAGAGUUGCUGAAGACACAGUGUGGCAGUCCAGCUUAUGCUGCACCAGAACUUUUAGCAAAUAAAAAAUAUGGUCCAAAAGUAGAUGUCUGGUCUAUAGGAGUGAGCAUGUUUGCAAUGCUGACAGGAACCCUUCCCUUUACAGUGGAACCAUUUAAUAUUAAACAUCUUCUCCAAAAAAUGUUAAGUGGAGACAUCAGCCUAAUUCCACCUGAAACAUCUGCAGGCGCAGUUCACUUUAUACAUACCCUUUUGGAGGCGGAUCCUCUAAAACGCCCUACUGUCAAGGAAGCAAUGGAUGACAAAUGGCUAAACGAAGGUUUUACACAAAAGCCUUUGAGUUCUGUUUCAUACAAAAACAGACUUCGUCCUAAUGAGUUAAACUCCACUGUAUUGAGUUACAUGACUACUAUCAUGGAUGUCAACAUUUCAGAAGUUACUAAUAUUUUAGUAAAUAACAAGCCAUCUCCAAUCAUGGCAUCAUAUUGUUUAUUUCUCAAAAAACUGAUAAAGAACCAAAAGGAACAUAAAUUAUCAAAGAAAAAAGAGUCCAAUAAAUGGAAUUUACCAGCUACUAUGCCAUGGUUAGAAUCCAUAGAUAAUGACACUGUUCCUCGAAAACAUGCUUUGGAGAGUGAAGUACAGGAGCAAACAAAUGACAGCGACCAACUAAAGUGCACUGAAAAUCAGUAUAAUGUCAAACUUGAGGAAGUUAUUUUGCAAAAUGAAAACAAAGGAGUUAAAAAUAAGAAAAUUCCUGUUUUGUGUGAACCUAUCCAAGAGGAUGAAAUUGCUGUCAUUUUAGAUAAUCAAGAAAAUGUUCUUAAAGCUUCAAAGUUUGCAGGUAGGGAGAUGGUCUACUUGGAGCCUCCAGAUUCUUCCAAACAACAGAAAAUGGAUAUAAUUGCUACUCCUCUGAGUAACAAAGACUUGAAUCAGCAAGAAGAACAUAAAGAAGACAACGUCUUUCAAAAUAACUUUUCAAGCAGGCGCUUUGCAGAAAUGAAAAUCUCUAUUCAAAGUGAUACACACCAGUCUGCCAAAUUUCAAACCCAGCAGAAUUACAAUACAUCUGGUUCCUAUAUUGAGAAAGCAAAGACUAUGCCUCUAAAUGGCCAGGUUAAUGAAACUCCCUAUUACCAAAUACAAGGAGCACGACACCGAAAUCUACAAUCAGAAGAUGAUACUGUUCCACCUAAUUGCUGUCAAUGGCAGGAUAGAAAAAGUCUCAAUGUAGUAAUUGUUGAAUCAUCACAUCAGUCCACUCUACCAAAGCUUAGACAACCUGCACUAAGAGACAAUUUCACAAAAAAAAUUUCUUGGAUGACAUUAUCACAACAUGCAAUAAGUGGAUCUCCCCCUUUAGUUGUAAGUGGAAUAAGACCUCCAGUUUUGACAAGACAAAAAACUACUAUUGUGAAAGGCUUAGGACAUUCAAUAGAAAAGUCACGCUUACCAUUGGAUAGUAGUAAAGCUAAAAGGAACAUAAUUCAAUUGACUCCAGCUCAUAAAAUCGCAAAUCUAAAUCUACCAUUAUUGUUACCUGCUUAUCUGAAAAGAUCAGAGAGAAAAAUAGGAUAUUUUAAGAUUUGAAUUUAUGUCCUGUGUUUUUUGAGCUCCUUAGCAUCCUCUCCAUUUGUGAAAACAAUGAUAUUCACUGGGUAUUCAGUACCCAAGGAUUUUCGUGUCCUUUUUUAUAUACAAUGCAUGAUGACAUUCUCUUAGUCACAUACUUACCAGGACAACUGUAUAAUGAAAUGAAACAAUUGUGGAAUAUCAACUCUGCUCCUCUUUACGUUGUACACAUCUCAUUUGGACAUGGUUCUCAUUUUAUGGAACUCCAGCACAAUUGUAUGAGACCCUUAGAGCACACACUGAUACUUAGGAUGCUGCCAGGCCGUUACCUUAAAGAGCAGGGGCUUAUAAAAUUGGCUAGAGGCUUCAGGAUUAUUGCCUGGAGGAAAAAUGCAAGCAGAACCAAUCUACCAAGAGACAGCGCUUAUCUGGACCACUUGUUUCUUUUUUUGCUUAUGUUACAGGCUUUGUUUAAAAAUGACAGGAGCUGAUUGGUUGGUAGUUUAUCUCUCUCCACGGCUUAGUACAUCUGCCAAUUACAAGUAAGACAUUUACAUAAAGGUACUUCAUUUAUAUUGGGUCACUAAAAUGUGACCACAAAAUUAAUUAAUACAGAUAUCUUAUGAUAUUGUUAAAAUGUGAUGGUUUGUGAAUAAAGAGCUACCACAUA